ACUUCACCAACUAGCUUCUAAAUAGAAAAAAAGGACCAGGGCCACCAUAUGAAAAGAGGCAGUUGUCACAGCCUUGCAUGCUGAAUCAUCCUGUUUAUGCAAAAGGCCAGAGGGUGGUGUUGCAGCUGGAGGGGAGAUACGAGUGCUGCUGCCCGUGUCUGCACCCAAUGGGUAACAAAUCAGAUAUGGGGAGCCAGGAAGACAUCAUUCAUCCUACGGUGCUGACAUGUCAAAUACGAUCAAAUGUAAAUGUGAACAUGAGACAAUAUCACAAAACUGUACACGUUGUCAUGCCGCCGCAUAGGAAAGGAGGAAUAGAGAGUAAUAGAGAAGCAACACUGUUGCUGUUUGUGCUGACAAACUACAUUCCUACCUAAUGGCUCAGAACAGGGUGACAUCUUGAAAUGUAAUCAUACAUAAAUUUGCACAUAUUAAAUAUAAUGUUUAAUUUAGACCUAGCUAAUACCACCGAAGUAUUUAUUGACCUCAUUUGGAGAGAGGGAAUGUAGGUUAGCGAUUUAAACUCUCUUUGAAAAUGUCAUCCACUGAACAAACAUGGAGAGGUCUCUUGACAGUGAUGGAACACAGCCAAGCGAGCAAACAGAUAUAUUCUGGGAAUAAAUGUAACAUGGCAAGUAGUCAAAAGAAUUUAAAAAAAUAUUAUCUGCCUUUGUUCAGUUGCUGGUUUUUAAAUGUGGGAUAAACAGGGUAAUAACAAGAGGAAAUAAUUCACCGGGAGGUGCUGUACUGAUUCUUCCACUUUACAUUCCUGUAACUUCCUGAAUGUUCACAGCUCAAUCAGCCUCAUGGCAAAGGGGUCAGGAGCCUUUAUGUGAUUUACACUUGCUAUAAUUGGACAUUUUGUGAUAAAAACUGUAACACUUGUUUCCAUUGGUAACUGAACAAAGAUCUCCCUGGCUUCUUCUUGAUCAUUUCUUCUUUCCACAUACUGGAAAAAUAUUAACAAAAUGUCUAUAUAUAUAUAUAUAUAUUUUUUUUACCCAAAAUUAUUUUGUUACAGCAGCUUAUAUGUUAUUAUAAAGAGUGGCAGCAACAACAAUAUAACAAAGUAUUUAAAAAAUAAAACUAAAAUGAAUUUUAAAUGACUUUAAAUGUGGUAAAAAGUAUCAGGAGACACAACGAGCGUUGUAUGAGUGCAGGAUUGGAAAAAAUGUAUCGUUUCGUAUGUAACUAUUACACAAAGAUUGUGAUAUGAUCAGUAGAGAGUAAAAUAAUCAUGUUUUUUUCUUAUAAUGAACUAAUAGUUCCUGCACUGUACCUAUAAGCCUGCAGCUGAGGAACAAAAGUAAAGAAAAACCAUUUACUGGCACCCAAAAAUCUGGAGCUUUUAGUACAAACUUUAAUUGUGUCCUGUCUUGAUUAUUGCAGCUCAUUUCACGUGUCCAUCAGUUGGUCCAGAAUGGAAAACAAAAUCAAAACAAAAAACCUAACACUCGCACAUCAUCCCUAUUUUUCCUUCCCUUCACUGGGUUCAAGUAAAAAUCAGAAUUCAUUUUUUAUUAAUAAAACAAAUAUUCCCAGGUUCCUGCAUGUAUAACAGAGCUACUAAGAACUAAUUGCAGUGGUUUUCUUCUGCAAUCAUCUGAUCAGGGUCUUUAAUUAUCGCAUGUUUUUUUUCUUCUUUUUUUAAUAAAGCCAGAGGCGUACAAACGUUUAAGGUUAGAGUUCCUAAAUUUCCUCGGCCCAUCACGUUGGCUGAAUCAGCUGCUGAAAACUCCCCUGCAUAUCCUUAAUCUCUCAAUCAUUAUUUUUGGCUACAGUUUAACUCUAAUGUCUGUGUGGACCUAUGUAUGUAAUAAUAAUAAUAAUAAUGUUUUUAUGGUUCAGGUUCAGGUAGCGGCACCAAAAUGUAUAUUUAAAGCCUUCUAUGUGAAGGGUUACAGAAAUCCUUUCUUAAAAGGGACACUGGGGCUAAAAUUGUAGUAUCCAUGACCUUUGACAUUCUGCUCUUGACGAUGGAGAAUUAUGAGGCAAUCCCGCUCUGCCUUUGCGUGAAGGGCAGGGAGAACUAUCGCUCUCUCACAUCCUGCAUCCCCCCGCCUUACAUUUUUAUCCAGUUGUCUGCAUUUAUUGUCUUUUGUUGUCUCUUACUUGCUUUUUAGUCUUUUGUUGUGGAGUAUUUUAUAACAUCCGCUCUUGAACGAUGCACAGUAAAUAAAAGCUACUCACUAUAUACCCCUGUUAAAGUGGGAAGUGUAUCUUAACAGCAGAGGAUUUUUGUAGUUUACCAACAUGCCCCGUGCUGGGCUUUUAUACAUUUUCAACAAAAAACUGCAUUACAUUGUAUUCCCUGGUCACUUGGUCACAUCAGUAAUUACCCAUCUGCUCAGAAUCAAACAGACAUCUGUUUGCACAGGAGAAAGCAUCUCAUCUCAACCCUGUCUAUGUGUGCAUGCUGCUCUCACUUCCCCAACUGCACAACUGGAGGAGGGUUGACCAGUUUCAAGGGAAGAGUGUCAAUCUGUCUGUUUCAAUCAAAAUCAGCUUCUUUUAUGAAAAAAGCCUAUGAUACUGACAAUUAUACCAUAUGGCAUGACAUAUCCAGUAAACGAAGGAUGUAACGGGUAACAUAUAAUUCACAGCUAAACUAAAUUCUCAUUCUCAUUGCAGGAAAAAGCAACUGAGGAUGAGGCACCUUUUUGCAUAAAAUGACUGAAUGAUUAUAACACUGUAAAAGUAUCACAUUUACAGAUGCCACUGACUAAUGUCUGUAGACAAGACUCUUAAGCUAGAUGUUAGGUGAGACAGUAAAAAAUAGGUGUCGCCUAAUGGAGCCAGAGACCCAGCGUGCUAAUUUAAUAUUACGGAGUGAUAGAUGAUGGCGAAGAAGACAGUGAUGGGGGGGAAAAAAGAAAACUGUUCUGUAGCUCCCAGCUAAGUAAACAGACAGGUUUGAAAUAGGAAGUCAUUUGCUGGUGACAGAGAACAGUCAUGGCAGAUAAGCUGAGAAGGAUAAUUGGCCUAUCUGAUUCAGCAUCUAUAUGAGUGCGUGGAGCGUUUCCUUAUUGUAAAUGAGGAGGCAGAAGGUGAAAUAUAUUUCUGUCAGAGCCUCAGAGGCACACUGCAGAGUCACGAUCCCACUACCAUACCUGUGGUAUUAAGGAAAGAUAAUUCGUUAUCUCCGCUUGUUUCUCCUCAGAGGCUUGUUGUACAGCGUUCUGACAAAGAGUUGUCUGUUUGCAGAUGUCAACCUCAUGUUUUUCUUAACAUUUUCUCAGUUAAGUCAGAAAAGAGACUACUUUUCAUAUUCAGGGAAUUAAUUAUUAACUAUGAGCAGGAAAGGUGAGGCAGUGAAGAAUCGUGCUGAAGCUAAUAAACCACGGAAAGGAAAAUCAGACAUCAUCCUUAUAUAUUGUAAGCUCGGUGAUUGAUACAAACCCAAAAGGCGAACGCAAAUAGAGCAGCAGAUACUCAUAAAUGUAGAAAGUGGGGUAGGAAAAGGAGGAAGUCGUUAUGAAAGACACUUUAACUGACAAUGAUAAACGAAGGAAAAUUAUUUAAAACUGGAGUUAUUAGUUUCACAGAGGCGAUUAAAUGUAUCAUGGAAAUUUGAUAGGAUAAUUUUUGGGGAACCCUUACAGCCUAAACUGAGUUGUGAUUCAGCAAAUAAACAGUAAAUAACUGCCAAGCAUAAAAGAGCCAUGAAAUCGGGCAAUAAAAAAAAGAAAUAAAAAGGGAAAGAAAUCUGCAGUACAUGCAUAUGAAAAACUGACUUCCAUAGUUUAAGCUGCACCUUUAGCUCUAGAAGAAAAGAAAGCAUAUCAAAUAUCAACCUCAGCUUUUCAAAGAUAUUCACUGAAAAUGUCUAUUUGUUUCAUUUUAACGUGAAGUGUCUGAUAAAAGCUUUUUUUUAAUCAUAUACCUUUAGCUCUAUUUAAUUACACUGUUUCCUCCCUUCUCCCUAAGCUAAGAGAGAAUGUGUGUUUUAUCAAGUGGGAUGUUAUAGUCAGGCAAGGGUCUUUGUCUAAGCCCCUCAUUACUGAUGAUUAACAGUGUUUCUCCUCUAUGCCUCUCAGGAAACAUGGUGAGCAAGGAGGGUGGCAAAUGCAUGCUCACCAACUCAGAGUCUGACUCGGAGGCAGCGCCCGUGCCCUCCACUUCGCUGGCGCUGGAGGUAAAGUAUUCCCUGGAAGCCAAUCGACAGGUGAGGAAGAGAAACAAGGCCUUGCAAGUGCGUUUCAAGGACAUCUGCGAGGCGCAGAACGAGCAAAGAGAGGCGGAGUUGCAGGCAGCGGGGAAAAGUGGCAAACCAAUGUCAUACAAAGUGGCAUACCGCAAAUACAUGACUGUCCCUGCACGCAGAUCGAUUCCUAACGUCACAAGGAGCACAGGUGUUCAGACGUCACCCGACCUGAAGAAACGGUAUCAGACGUUUCCCUUCGAGCGCAAAAAAGGACAUACCUUUAAGCAUGUGGCGGCCGUGGAAACUUAUAAAGGUCAGAAUAACGGUUUUAUCAUGGAGGUGAAGCAGUCUAAGGCACCUGAGCAGGGUUUUGAUGAGGAGGAGGAGGGGGCCUGUGGGGGGAGCGGAGUCCUGAGGACCAAGGCGCUGCUCCAUACUAAUGAGUGCAUUGCCACAGUGGAGCAGCACACUGCACCUGAUGGCCUGUGCUCUGAUGCUCUGCUGCUCAGUUGCACUGCAGACACAGACUGCCUCGCAGACACACCGAGAGGAAGCGGACCUGGAGCACAGGCAGAGUACCAGCUCUGCAGCAUACCUUCCAAAGCCAGAACAGGAUUACAACACAGGGAGGCCGACACAGACCGCUCGGCCAAGAGGCAGCUGCUCAAUCUGGAGGAAGGCUCAUCCCGAACCCUGCCGGACAGGGCCUCCAAGGUUACGGGCCCCAUCGCCUGGAACUCCCUCACCCAGGUGGAGUGCCUGGACAGUCCAUCUGUACGGAGCAAGCGAAAGAAAGGCCUGCAGCUCAACGGGCUGUCGAGUGAGACGUUACCACGAUCCCGUGGAGGCUGUAAAACACAGGCACAGUGCCACACGGGGCAGUUAUCUGCCCGGCCUAUACGGGGCAUGGAGGAACCUCUGUCACCCUGCAUAGGCGGUGAGGCUGAUGGAACACCAACCGACCAAACGCAGGAAGCCUGUAAGCAAAUAGUGCCUAUGAAUCAGGACGGGGACGUUAAAGCACAGCUCCAGGCCAUGGAAAAUCUCAUCAGCUCCAGCCAAGAGACCAUCAAGGUGCUGCUGGGGGUCAUCCAGGAACUGGAAAAAGGAGAGGCCCACAGAGAAGGACUCUCCUAUCGAACCGGACAGGACACGGCCAACUGUGACACAUGCCGGAACAGCGCAUGUAUUAUUUACAGUGUUGAACUGGAUUUCAAACAACAGGAGGACAAGCUACAACCACUGAUGAAGAGGCUAUUCCCAACAGAGGACACCCACUUUCCCCCCCUGCCUUACCCUCAGGAGGCCUUCACCUCCACCCCAAAACGCAAGUCCAAAGCUGACUCCAAGAAACACGCUCGCUGGAAACUUUGGUUCCUGUGACAACAAAAAACCAUGUUCCCCUCCACCACCGUGCACAGGAUUUAAGUGUCCAUCCGAUCAUCCGCUUUUGUUUGGUUUAUUCAUCAACUUCUUUUAUAUCUAUUUGGAUGUAGACCUGGUAUUAAUGGAGACCUUGACUGGAUAUCGAACCCUUUUCUGAGAUGACAGGAUGUUUAAUGAGACACGAGUGUGGAUCCCACGGAAAAUUCAAAAUGUCAUGCUUACCAAAAAUGGAUUCUGAGUUAUUUUGAACUAAUUUCUUCAAACAGGGUGUGAAAUUACACCAAGGAAACAUAUUUGGAGAUCGGCAAGGUGAGAAGAUGAAUUUGAUUUCCCGAUGUCUAUUUGCAUAUAUAUUUUUUCUUCUUCUAGCUGACGUCAACGGGGUUCUGUUCUGUAAUGGUUCUGUGCCCUUCACAUUUCCAUUCAUCAGUUGGGACUUUCUUCCCAGCCUCCAGGAGAGGUUGGCAGAUCAACCAUAAUGCUCUGAGGCCUCCAUAAACAGCAUAUCACUGUACUGCAAAGCACAAUUAGAACUGUUCAGGAUACAUUUUCUCCAGAAUAAUUAAAAAGACCUAUUUUGAGUAAUAACUCACAUAUGUAGAUUGUCUACUAACCAUGCAGAGUGAAGACUUUCAUAUCUAUAUAAAGAAGAGACCUAAAGGACAAAAUAUCAGAGAUGUUUAUUGGAGUUCUACAGUCAACUUUUUAUCCAUCGCUAAAAUGUCUCCUUGAAUCCACUGACUUUGAAGAAAAAAAACAAAACAAAACAAAAGAAGAAAGAACACUUAUUUUCUUAAUAUUUGCAAAGUUAAACAUCCAUGUACUUUUUUCUAUAUAAAUAUAUCUAUAUACAUUCACUUUAAGAUUUAGCAAAAUGUAUUUAUUUGAGCUGCAGUGACGGGAGCUGUGCAGUUCAAACACAACAGUGCAAAAGGAAGUCGAUCAUUUCACAAUUCUCAACUCGUUUCCAUGCAUCGCAAAGUUCGUACUAACCUCACGUAUGCAUAUGGUCAUUAAACACCCAGAAAAGACAAAAACCCAUUCAUUGGUAUAAAAGCAUAGACACACAGAGAAAACUGUUACUGUUACGAAACCAACUAUAAUAAACAGUUGGUUUUCAGCACACGCGAAGGGUAUCAGAGGAUAGCUUUGAUUGUAUUGCUGCAGUAUCCUGUAUCAGCUACUAUAAUAGCUACUGAAACCAAGCCAGAGAAACUGAAUGUGCCACUUCUGAUCACAACCAGGGCUUCUACAGUGCAGGGUGGCAGGCUUAUAGCCUUGCAUGCUUUUUACAACCUUUGAACUUUGCAGGAUAUUUUCUAGCUUUUAAAACAAUUUUUAAUGAGAUUGACAAAAUCUCCCCCCCCCCCAAUUUCCCUUUAUUAUUGUUAUAAUUAGUUCCUGCUCAUUGCUUUGCAUCUAUUCGACUGUAAAGUAAAAACCAUGUGCAGUAACUCCACAGCGGGUUCAACAAUUACGUACAGCCAAAACAUUUACUACACCUUCAUGUGAAAAAGUGAGAACAUCCAAUAAGAACGAUUCGUUUUUGGACGAAUAUGGAUGAGCAAACAUUUUAUCCUCUUUGAAAUAGUGCUCAUUAACAAAGGUGCUAAUCUGAAAUUUUAAAAAAAGAAACAGAAACAUACAUGCACACACCCAAGUGCAAAUCGGUCGAAUUUACUUUCUAUUAACACACCAAAACAAUUUGGGCUUCCGGGUUUGUUGUCAGUGAUUAGACCCUACACAGGCUUUGUGAGGGUAUGUUGAUUAAGGUGCCACAAAGCAACAAUCUCUGAGCAGUCUAUGAGAACCACUAAAUUUUAACUCUUGCAGCGUUGAAGUGCUCAUGUCUACAAUCAUGACAUGCAUGAGAGAUAUGUCAAGAGAGCUGUUUGGCCACAACAGUAGAGAGAACAUUUUUGAAGAGAAAAGCCUUUUACAAUAUGUGAAUGCGGGUCGUUAUGCUUCGAGGACACUUUGCUUGCUGGGACUGGGCAGCUCACAUUUUCUCAAGUGUGAAUUCUUUAUUAUAUCAAAGAAUUUUAAAGGAGUAUUUGAAGAUACAUGAAUGAAAGUUGAAGCUGAACUAGAAGUGGACCUGAAAAAGUAUACAUAAAGUGUAUGGAAAUGGUCUUUAAUCUUACUGAAGAAUGUGAAACAGGCAGAACAAGUUCAAACAUCAAAUAUUGUUCAUUGACGAUUUGGCAAAAAUUUCAGUAAUUCAAAGACUUUUAGAUGAUUACUGCCUUGCUGACCCAGGCCUAGAAACCAGUCCGCAACCCCCCCUCCAAUCGCUAGGGAACAGUGUGUAUUCUUUGACUUGCUGAUGACUGCUCGCUCGAAGUUGCUGCCCGACACUUGGUAAAGUCUAUUUCCUGAACCAACAACCAAAACAUUUGAAAAGGCACAACUUUUACUUUGAAAUCAAAUGGCCUCUUUCCAGUUUGUGCCACACUUUUCACAGUUUUAUUACUGCUUGGCAAGACGUUUUUCAAGUCUUUACAGCCAAGUCGGCGUCUUCCAUGCACAGUAAGCGACCGCGGCAACCUGAAAGUGACCAAUCACAAAGAGGGUUUUGGUGCAGCACUGCAUAUCUCCAUGCACCGUGACCAAUUUCACGCUAGCAGCUGCCAGCAACCUUCAGAAUAGACACUUUUUCCUAGUGAGCAACGGUUGCCCAGGAUAUACUGACCAGACUCGGCCUGUCCGGCCGAUGGCAACUCUAGUUUCUUAAGGCUGAGGAUGUACUUGUGUUUAAACAGAUAACAACAUAUUACUUUAUAUUUUAUUGUAUGUUUUUGGUUAUCAUGUUCUUUAAGUAUACUACCUUUAUCUGUAGGAGCCAUUUCAAUUCAAAGAGGAUCUAGUGUGUGCUGGUCCAGAUAUUUAAACAAGUAAUCAGUUUCCAUGGGAUGUUCUUACUUACUCACAUCACUGUAUGUAAAUAUAUAUUACACAAUAUCAAAUAGUGCUAAAAACAUUUCAAGUGUGGGAUAACAGCCAAUAUCUAAAGAGAAAAAACAAAAACGUAAUAGCUGAUCACUCUAAAAGACACAACCACUGCCCUAGAAGACAGGAAAUAUGCCAAAGUGGUUUCAAGGACAUAAAAAAUGUACAACAAUAUCCAGCAAACUACUAGCUAUCACUGGCUUGACCUUCACAAGCUCCAACAUGCUGCAUUUUGUUAGUUACAUAUAUUUCACAACUUCACUCUUGUAUAUGCUAGGUUGGUUUCUUUCAGUAGUUAUACUGUAGCAUCAAGAGAGAACUAGAUGUUUAUCUGUAUCUUAAAGAAGUGCAAUUGAUUUAUUAUGUGCAAUACUGUGUCUUUUAUACAGUUUUUUUUAAAAAGACAAAAAUAAAGAUAUUUAAUAUGCAAAAUAUGAAAAAAGAAAUAAAAAAAAAAAGACAUCGACAAAGCUCUCGAAAUCUGAUCUGGACCCAGUUUAAUUUGUGGAGCUAUAAGCACAAUGAUACUUUUUUCCUACCUUCUUCAGUCACAUUAUAAGUAAAGGACUAGUUUCCCUAACUUUUAGCAGAUGCUUUGGAAUACGUUUACCCAGGCUUGAUGGGUCUGCACUGUGAAAUUAGAUCACAGCAUCUAGAAAGAUGCAGUACUUUUGAACAACUCAGAUUUUGAAUAAAGCAGCACUCAUAUCCUAAGCAACCAAUCUGCAUAGCUAAUACCUAGUAUUAGCUAGGUAUUAGCACAUUGGUUGCUAGUACCAGGGUUUAGUGGGGAAAUGUGUUUUGUAAUUUAGAUGAACAAUCCCUGUGAAAACCAAUUUCUGACUGCACUGGAAAAUUCUUCGCUAACGCACUGAUACCAACAGUGGACUGACCAGUACUGACCAGUGUUGAUAAAGCAACAGUAUUGGCCUUGUUGACCGACUUUAACAUGCGGGCAAAUCUACAAGUGAGGGUUCUAUUGUGUUGGAUCAACUUUAAGUUUGCUAAAGAAACCAGGAUUAAGAUUUCAAACUCUUUAAAACAGUGCAGCUACCCUUUUUUAAUAUAUCAUGUAAAUUUACUUAGUUUUAUUCUUGGACAAUAAAGAAUAACAAAAACUGUAUCUCAACUGUCAAAUUUAACAUCAGUAUCUGACCAGAACACUUGGUACAAGAUAAGGCUGAAAUCAUACAUCUCUUUAAUGUACUAUGGUGGGCUGAGGCGAGAGGAGAAUACAGCAGAAGGGUAAGCAGCAGUGUUUUGUGCACAGCCAACCUGCUUGGGAACCAGUCUUUGCCCUUACCAUCCUCACUCUAAUACAGAUUUUGUUUUCGGGCAUGUCCGUGUGCUCAUGCAUCUGCACCUGCACCUGCCUCAUGUUAGUACAAACAAGUCUUGAAGUGCAAACAUGAGGUAAACCAGCAACAAAGCUCUGAGCAAAACCCCCACAGAUGCACAGUCACCCUCACACUGAUGCAUGAAGUAACGCUGCUGAAGGUCAGCGCUAGCCACAGCCUGGCCGACUCCACCGGGCUUGAUGAGUGACUGCGUAUGCCCAAGAACUGAGAGCGCAAACACGACACCUACUGCAGUUUAACAUUUUGCAUUCUUACUUAAAAGUCUUCUGUGGUCUUAAGGUGACAAACAGCAAAGAAGUCCCAGCGGUUUAUACAGUCCUGACAAUCACAACACAUCACAACAUGGUUUGUUGCAGGCUCAAUAAACCCAAAGGGAUGCGCAGUCGAAGCUUCAAAACAGGUGAGGAGACGCGAGGUGUAGCGAGUGAUAAGUGCAUGUUUGAGGCAUUAUGAUGCAGUGCCAUAUCUCACUAUGCUUCUUUUCUGUAAGAGCUCUGCAGUAGUCUGGCCAGCAGAAAAAAGAGAGAGGAGAGGAGACAGAGCGGUAGAUGCAAGGAGGUGCUAAGAAAAAUAUUUGAACAGAAAAAUAUCCAAACACAGAGAUAAAGCGAAUGUGCAAUACCAGAUUCUGAACUAGACACGCAUACCUGGAAUGACCGUGUCGCAAUUUACACUAUCAAGUCAGUGAGUGCACGCAGCAAAGGAAAAAAGCUCUAGCACCUAUAGCUGGUCAGCCCCAUACUGUCAAUCAAUAACAUAGAGUCCUUCCCCUGCAGCUUUCCAGUUCGUUCCCUCUGCACACUGCAGGAAAAUCAUGAGGAUAACUGUGGAGCACUGCAGCUAAGUAUCACUGCAACAUGUUUUGAGUAGUCUUGAGAACUUGAGUCCACAAAAAAGUUCAGCAGUGAGGUUUUUUUUUCUUUCUUGACAACAUCAUGGGAAACCUAGCUGUCAAAUAUGUACUCAAGUCUUUUAAUCAAUUCUGUCAGCAAGCAUAUUUAGGUAUGUCCUAAACCAUAACAAAAUUAUGCAAAAACUAGUAAAAUCUAACGUAACACAUUUAUACAGCAAAGUUGUAUUCUGUGGUUUUGCUGCAUGGAAAAUAUAGAUUUCUUUUCUUUUUUUUAAAAUACAUUUGCAGCUUCCUAUUUCUGUCUAUCUGCAAGGCUUCCUAUUCUCGUCUAUCCAGGAACUUAAACUAGAAGAAAUAAGAGCAUAAAGAGAGAACCUGGUGCUUUCCACGGAAAGCGGCUAAAUGUUUCUGCUACAGCCAUAAUCUAAAUGUAUUCAAUUCAAGGACUUCUUUCAACCUGUGUGAGGGUGGACAUGAAUGCAAAGAUACAGCCUGCGAGAUGAUGCUAUGAUGCUGUGUCCAAGUUGCUAACAGGCGUAGCACUGCAGUGACAACACGCAACAAAACCAACGCCCCCAAAGUCGUCACUGCGUGCUUUCUCAUCAACAUUCUGUGUCCACCGCUGCCAGGAGAGAGCAGAAAGGGAAGAGAACGAGAGACGGGCGGGAGACAGAGUAGAACGUUAAUGCAUAAAUCUAAAUGUAAGAGGCUGCCACUCAGAAGAACAAGGUCGGUGGUUGGAUGCGGUGUUGUGUGAGCAGCAGCGUGCAAGCUGCCUGCAGAGUAGGCAUCUGUACCCAGAGGCAGCAACAACAGCCCUCUGAUUAGAAAGCAACAACACUGCUAGCAGCACUAACUGGGUCUCAUAGCUUUUAAAAAUUCACGCCCACCUUAUUCAUCAUUAAAUAAUCAUUUGGGGACUUAGUUCAAAUGCAAUUUCUGUCCCAAGUACUAUAUAAUGUAUAAUGUGUUUGAGUAAAAGAGCCUUAGGCUUUCAUGUAACCUCUAAAUCCCACUGAGUAAAAGGACACUCUGCACAUUGAUGCAAAAUCAUAUUCAGAUGCUUAAAAUGUCAAGGCAGUCAAGUGCAGAUGCUAGCUAGCUAUAAAGGCAGCCGCUGACAAAAGGUCGGGGUCGGUAGGGACAAUAAACCCGAGCUGUGUUCGAGGAGCAAAGUAAAAUAGAGGCCAGUGGCAGCAUAUGUAUACAGAGUAGAUCGUUUCAACACGGGCCAAAACAGGUCGUGGGUAGAGUAGUUUGAUUAACUAGAAAGGAGG